AACGAAAAGUCCACCAGACUGUCGCAAACAAUAACAAGAGGUUUGCACCAGUUGCAGCAGGACACAGUGGCCGGGUUGUGCGGUCAAGUUGCAUUAUUCACUUUCUACAAGACCUGCUUGCAGGGAGCUCCCCAGGCUGUUCACUCCCCUGACCAACCAACUUCGGAGGGAUUGGUUCGUUCACAGCAAAGGCGCAUGUACUGACGGCCCCUUUCACACAAUCACUCUGGCCUUUCUCGCCUCAUUUUUUUCUGAUAAAUGCGGGUACCCGUUGCAACAUUCUAGUUUUGACAUACUGCUGUGAAAGUUGAGGGAGAUGGAUCCGGAGAAAGGCAGGCAAGGGUACGAAGCUCAUUACUCCAACGACGAGCAACAGGCGUCCAUGCUGCGGCCAGUGUCGGAGCCGGCAGGGAAGAGAGAGAACCAGCAAUGCAGCUUCAAGCGCCGAGUGAUGAUUGUGGUGCUGAUUUUGUUUCUGUUAAUUUUGCUCCUUGGAUGUGGACUUGGACUUGGCCUCAGAUCACAUAGACAAGUGGCAGUUGACAGCUGGAAAUGCACUAAGUCGCGCUGUGGUGAGAAACACUCGACAGAAACCCAUUGUUCAUGCUCUGAUGACUGCAUCCAGAAGAACAAUUGUUGUACCAAUUACAAUAGUAUCUGUAAAGGUGAGAAAACCUGGUUGCAAGAUGAUUGUGAAGAUGUUGACACGCCUCAGUGCCCAGAAGGGUUUUUACAGCCUCCUUUGAUCUUGUUUUCAUUAGACGGAUUCAGAUUUGAUUAUUGGCAGAAGUGGAAGAGUUCUGUGCCUGUUACAGACAAACUGCGUACCUGUGGUGUGCAUACUUCAUAUUUGACGCCAGUGUACCCAACCAAAACCUUUCCUAACCACUACACGGUCAUCACAGGUCUAUAUCCAGAAUCUCAUGGUGUAAUUGGAAAUCGCAUGUAUGACGUGGAGAUGAAUGCCUUUUUUAGCCUUCGAACUGAGGAGAAGUUCAAUCCCCUUUGGUACAAAGGACAACCCUUGUGGUUGACAGCUAUGUAUCAGGGUCUGAAGGCAGGUACCUUUUUCUGGCCUGGGUCUGAAGUCAAGAUAAAUGGAUCAUAUCCAAAUUUUUACAAACUGUAUGAUAGUUCUAUUUCAUUUGAAGAAAGAAUUUACACAGUUCUUAAAUGGCUUGAUUUGCCAAAGGAAACCAGGCCUGACUUUUACACCCUAUAUUUGAGGGAACCAGAUAAUUCAGGGCAUAUACAUGGGCCUAAUAGCAACAAAGUGGCGGAAGCACUAGAAAAAGUCGACAUGAUAGUGGGAAUGCUGAUGGAUGGGCUCAAGCAAAGAAACCUACAGCAAUGUGUCAAUCUUAUUCUGAUAUCUGACCAUGGAAUGGAAGAAAUUGACUGUGAUAAGGUUGAAUAUAUGAGUAACUAUUUAGAUAACAUUCAGAACAUGGAGAUGCGUUAUGGAGCAGCUGGUCGAAUAAGAGCCAAAAAUGUCCCUGACGAAUAUUUCACAUUUGAUUCAGAAGGCCUUGUAAAAAAGCUUGCUUGCAGAUCACCAAGUCAACACUUUAUACCCUAUCUGAAGCAAUUCUUGCCAAAGCGCUUCCAUUAUGCCAACAGUAGAAGAAUCGAAGACGUUCAUUUGUAUUUGGAUCCACAAUGGCAGGCCAACCUGAAGCCUCCGAUGAAAUAUUGUACAGGGGGAUUUCAUGGUUCUGAUAAUCAAUUCAAGAACAUGCAGACCAUCUUUCUAGGCCAUGGGCCUGCCUUUAAAGCCAAAACUGAAGUUCAACCCUUUUUAAACAUUGAAGUCUACAAUCUGAUGUGCGAUUUGUUGCAGAUCACUCCUGCACCCAACAAUGGAACUCAUGGAAGUCUAAAUCAUCUCUUGAAGAAACCUGUCUACAAUCCAACCCAUUCCAAGGAAGUAUCCUCGACAUCAUCUUGUUCUUCAACAAAAUUUAGACCAACUGUUAUUCCACAAACAAACUGUGAAUGCAGUUCUCUGGAAUCGUUACCAGCAGAUGCAUGCAAGGAAUUAAAACUCUCCUCAAUUGAAGUUGAAGGGGCUAAUGAACAUCACUUGCCAUAUGGACGACCAAGAGUUUUGCAGGACAACAGUAACUGGUGCCUCCUGCAUCAACAUUUGUAUGUAAGUGGAUACAGCCAUGACAUUCUAAUGCCAUUGUGGAGUGCAUACACUAUCAACAAAUCUGAAAAUUCAGUUGCUCCUUUACCAAACAUUCUAGACUGUGUGCUUGUUGAUGUUCGAAUUCCUUCUACCGUAAACCAAAGUUCAUACAUUAAUAAAGAUCAGGACAUAACUUAUGGAUUCCUUUAUCCACCCAACUUGCAAUCUGGACAAUAUCAAUUUGAAGCUCUAUUCACCAGCAACCUUGUACCUAUGUACAAAGCCUUCCAAAAGAUAUGGAAUUAUUUUCAUAAUGUUUUGCUGCUGAAGUAUACUGAGCAGAGAAAUGGCAUCAAUGUGAUCAGUGGACCUGUGUUUGAUCUAAAUUACGAUGGGCAGUUUGAUACUCCUGACAUGAUCCAGGGGAAAGUAAAGAAUGCAGAAAUCCCUAUUCCGACUCACUACUAUAUCAUCAUUACCAAUUGCAAGGACACCUUGAAAACUCCCCUAACAUGUAAUACCUCACUGGAUGUAUUGGCUUUCAUUCUGCCUCACAGACCUGACAACAGUGAGAGCUGUGCCGAUGGCAAAGAGGAAUCUCAGUGGGUUGAGGAGCGAAUCUGGGCCCACCGAGCACGAGUGAGGGACGUGGAGCUAAUCACAGGACUUGAUUUUUAUCAGGACAGAAAGCAGCCAGUCAAUGAGAUUUUACAGCUAAAGACAUAUCUGCCAACAGUUGAAGCCAAAAUAUAAUUUUUAUUUUUAAAAGGCCUGUGAAGUAUGCCAUGACACUUUCACUUUCAUAAUAUAUUUAUUUUGUUUAUACAUAAACGUAAUUAUGAAAUUCAGCGCUUUGAAUGUGCUUCAAUAGAAGUUCGAGUAAUGCCGAAGAGUUUUGGGCACACAAUGUAAUUAAAGUGCAGUACAAUGAAAUCUUAUCAAAUUCAUUGGGAGUUUUCACCUACUUUUGUUUUCAACUUCAGAUUAUUUUGGGAUUUACCAUGCAUGUCUAGGUUCAUGUAUUUGUUACCAUUUGGCUUCAAGAUAUAAUAAAUCUUCGAAACCAGCCUGCACAAACCAACAAUUCUUAUCACACCUGGAAGACCUCAAGUACGUGACCUGAAAUUAAAUACACUGCUUUAUUUAUCUGCAUAAUAUAAUCCAUAUAUCAAUUUGCACCAUCAAUAAUCACCAUAAAAGUGUAAUUGGUAGAAUAAGAGUCAUACAGUAAUACAUUACUAAAUGUUAUAACCUGGAAAAUUAUAUUUUGUUAUGGGUAUUACUUAGCAUAAGUAGGUAGUUUCCAAAUUAAAUCUGCAGCUGGGGUUUUGUAAAUAAGGUUUCAGGUAGUAACAAUAGGGUAGCACGGUGGCUCAGUGGUUAGCACCGUUGCCUCACAGUGCCAUGGACCUGGGUUCGAUUCCACCCGUGGGCAACUGUCUGUGUGGAGUUUGCACAUUCUCCCCAUGUCUGUGUGGGUUUCCUCCAGGUGCUCCUGUUUGUUCCCACAGUCCAAAGAUGUGCAGGUUAUCUGGAUUGGCCAGGCUAAAUUGCCCGUAGUGUUCAGGGAUGUGUAGCUUAGGUGAGCUAUAAGGGAAUGGAUCUGGGUGGGAUGUUCCAAGGGUCAGUGUGGAGUUGUUGGGCCAAAGGGCCUGUUUCCACCCUGUAGAGAUUCAAUUCUAUGAUAACAUGUUCGGCAGUAUUCAACAGUUGUACUGAUUCAACUUUUGUUAGCAUGUCUUUUAUUGUCUCCCUUAUUAAUGAUCUUCUUAAUAUCCUUUGUUAGCCUUCCUAAACAAUCUUUCUUUCAAAAUUUUGCAGGUACGUUUUCCCAAUAUCACCUCUAAAACUAUUUCAAAUUAUAGAUAUAUGACAGUAAACCAUUACUUACCAGUAAUUGAACAUGACUGGGACCAUUAAUGGAAAUAAGUACUGUCUCUUCAGUUAUUUGAAAGGAGGCAAUUCAGUUAGAAUGGUAUCAAAUUAAUUAUUUUAAUAGCAUUAUUUUAAAUGAAAUAAAACUAGUUAUUAAAGAAUUUUACAGCACUAGGUUAUUGCUCAUACAAGCAGGGAGAUCAAUUCAAUUGUGCUAGUUCUAUAUAGAUGUAAUUUUUGGAAAUUCAGCAAUCAUGAUCAGGAAUUAAACAGUCCUUCCAUAAGCAUAUGGAUGAUGAUGGGAUAGUGUAGAGGGAUGAGUUCACAGGUCGGUGCAACAUCAAGGGCCGAAGGGCCUGUUCUGCGCUGUAUUGUUCUAUGUUCUAUGAAUUUCCUCACCUCAACUUCAGUUUAGAUGUAUUGAAUGGCAUUUCUGCUGAACUUCCAGCAGGACAGAAGAAGGUUUGUAUCCAUAGGAACAAAUGACUGGGUGUGGGAGUGGGCAAUUUGACCCUUUCAGCCUGCUCUACUGUGCAGUAAUCGAAUAAUUGUGGCUGAUCCAGUUGUGGUCUCAGUUUCAGUUUUAUGAUUGUAUCCCAUUACCCAUGAUUCCCUUGUCGAUCAGAAAUUCAGCCUCGAAUACGUUCUAAGACCAAGCCUUCCAUACUCUAAUGAUCCCUGAAAGAGAGAAAAAAAAUUCCCAUGUCUCUGUCCUAAAAUUGAGAGCUAUUCUAAAUUUUUUUUUCCUGCUUUUUGUAUCCCUACAAAGGGAACCAUCCUUGAGGAGUUUCCUGUGUCCAGUGUCCCCAAGAUCUUAUCUGUUUUCCAAUAUUCAUUGAUACAAAAUAAACUCACCAGUUUCCACAUUAGAAAAAGGAGAUGGCUUAUGCUGAUUAUUCCUUUAUAGUAUUGUCUGUAUUAUAAUAUUGAUUCAAUUAAUGUAACAGGAACACUGUUAUAAUGUAACCUAUAAUUUUCCUAAUUUGCUGCAGUGUACAUUUGUAAUGAUUUUGUUCCUCAGAU